AUGGAUCGUGGAACCAAACUCGCCAAGGACAAGGAGCGCAGAAGGGUUGGUGGAGGGCAUCAUGACCGCGCUCGCCUAUUCCAUCUUGGGCCCUGCGUCCCGCGCGUCAUCAGCAUCAUCACAUACCCGAUAAGAAUCUUGGGCGACUCGACGCCCAGCCGCACCGGACAGGGCCUCGUCCUCACCCACCUUCCAGGCACGCCACUAGUCCUGCUCUGGCCUUCACUCACGCCCCCGCAGCGCGAGGCCGUCAAGGCGGAGCUCGGCCGCCACUUGGUGCGUAUGCGUUCACGCCGCUUCUCCUACUACGGACGACCGAUGCAGCAUCCAUACGUCCUCUUCUCAGCAUAUGGCAUAGAGAAAUUUAUAUGUUGCGCCUCUCUCUCAGAGUGUGAUGACUCGCGCGUCCACGCGAUGCAGAAACAUGCCCCGGACGCAGAACGUGCUGUCGACCUUGAGCGACUACAGCGUGGUGACCUCACCGGCGCAGAUGAUUGGGACCGUCCAGUCCUCACGCAUGGCGAAUUGUCUGAUAGUGACAUCCUCGUUGAUCCGGACACACUUGCGGUGACAGGUAUCCUAGACUGA